ACAUAACCUUACUGUUAAUAUCAUAUAAAUUAUUUCUAGUGUCAUCUCAUACACACAAAUAAGCAUGUAAACGAUGUGCUUCAGCCGAAAUAGCGACACAAAUUCGUAGAUUUCAGAAGCCCAACAGAACCCAUCGCCAUUUUGAAUUGUGUUACAAUGGAAUGCGAGCAAUUUCCAAUUGCUGACCACAUGGCAGAUCAUUUCACGCACACAGGGAAAGAUCCGCCUUCUUCGAAAAUCAAGAUGAAUCCGUCGACAUUGAAGGUUUUGCCCCCUGAAUCGCCAGUCCAACCAGAUCUUGUUCCACGCUUUGAGGAGUUGGUCUUUCAUGACAGCAGUGGAGGACAGCAGGACCCUAUUGACGGCUUUGUGGACUUAAACUUGUCCAACCGAGAUCAUGUCACUACUACCACACACAACAUUUCCUCUACACAGUCUACAGAGGGGAUCCCCAACUCUUUGCCAAAUGUUGUACCCAGUGGUGUUUUUGGUUUGGCCUUCAGUUCAUAUGAUCAAGAUAGCCAACAGCACCAGGAACCCUUUUAUUCCAUGCCGCAGCUAAGACAGAGAUUGCCUGCUGGGAAAACAUUUCAAGAUGGACCUUCUCUUAAACUGUUUGUUGCCAGUUGUGAUGAAGACGCGACUCUGAAGAAAAGCUCGCCUAAACAGUUUGAUGCCAGUUUGGAGGAAGAUGCAAACAAAAGCCCACCUUUGCCUGCAUGUUUGUAUAGCACUCAGGAGCAGACUGCAAUCCCUGAAGGUCCCAAAAAACUGUACACACAAGAACCUGUCAAACUGAGGAAAACCUUUGAGGAAGGAAAAGUUGUACUGGGUACCACAGAAGCAUUGCGGGACCUUGUUCAGUGCUACAGUAAGCUAGGGAAAACUACAGGUGUAAUCUGUGAUGAGGAUUUGAACACUGAGAGAGACCUGUAUGAGAAGGAUGUACACUAUAUUGUGGAGAAGUCGCUGGGACAGGGGUCGUUUGGAACUGUGCAUCUUGCCAUGGACUCGAACAGAGGAAAGAAGUUUGUCCUAAAAAAAGUGACCAAAGCUUCCUUUGCUAAGAAUGAAGUACUAGUACCAAGCAUGUUGAACCAGACAAACAUCACACGACUGUAUGGACUGAUAAAUCGAGUGGGCCUAGAUGGAGAACAUAUGGAGCUGCUUAUUGAAGAUGCAGGGAUGUCACUGAACAAGUACAGAGCCAUGAAUCCCCAAAUGGCGAGGAGGCAGGAUGUAGUGUGGGACUUCUGCAAGCAGGGCUGCAGAGCUCUGGAGCACAUGGACAAGUUUGGCAUUAUUCACCAGGACAUCAAACCUGAAAAUGUGUGCCUGACUGACCAAGGUGACGGCUUUGUGAACAUGAAGAUUACAGACUUUGGAUCUGCUAAGUUUGCCCAUGACCCGAUGCACUUUGUGGGCUUAACCCCAGAAUACCUCUCCCCAGAGGUGUGCAAAUUGGUUCUACAGAUGAGAUACAAACAACUGAACUUUGGUCUCUCAGAUGAUGACAUAACAGGAAAGUCAGACAUAUUUGCAUUUGCCCUGGUGGUGAUGUUCCUGUACAAGGGAUACCACAUUCUACAACAUGUGUUAACCAAUGGCCAGAGCUCUUAUGAAGCAUACACCCCAGAACAGAGGCAGAGCUUGCACAUGUCGAUGAUUGUCCAGGUUGCCCAAGGUGAAAACUUUGUUCAGACUUUCAUUCCUGAUGAAUGUUCUCCAGACAUGAGGCUUUUUCUUCACAAGAUGCUGGAGUUCAACCCUGUAGAGCGUCUCUCAGCCAGGGAGGCCUUGCAGUCUAUUGAAGGUCUAGACCAGCAAGUUGCCCAUGAUAAACAAAGAAUGGAGCGGAUGAGAGUGAAACCAGCCAUGUCAAAACUGGAGAUGCCCUCGCUUGUCGGGGAUCAGGCUGGCCAUGGAUUUGUACCAGAGAUUGCUGAAGAGCUAAUGGUGAGUGACCAUGGUCCAGUGAAGUCUGCCACAAAGGACCGACUACGUAAGAUGAUUGCUGACCCGUACACUCGGGGGGGCAAAGGCAUAGCUGACCCAUACACCCGGGGCGCCAAGGGCAGUGGCAAGGGGAGAACGACCCCAGUGACCUCUGUGAUGACCCCACGGCAUGUGGCUAGCAAAAAGAUGCAUAUGUAUCCAAUGACAGAUGCCAAGGAGAUUGUGGGUGUGACUGAGAGGAAUGCCCCGAUUGCGCAACCAUCAGCUGACAAUGACUCGCCCAUGGAUAUGGCAGCCUCACCCAUGAUCGACAUCCGUAAGGGUCCCAAACCAGCCACACCACAGUUUGUGUACCAGCAACCUAGGAGGCCAAUACAGAGGACGACAAGUGACGCCACUCAGGUGGACUGCAGACAGAACGCCAUGCAGGUGGACUGCAGACAGAAUGCCAUGGAGAUGGAUUGCGGACAGAUGGCCUCAGCUAGGACGCCCCAACAGUGCCAGGUGACUGAGGCUCAUUGGCAGACCAACCAGACCUUGAGACAACUGACAGAGAUGUUGAAGGGUGGCGGAAGACAGGUCACCGGUUUGGUUCUAGAGCAGGUGAAGCAGAUGUUGAGGGACAAUCAACAGAGGGAUAUGUUUAUGCAGAACGUAAGACAAGCUGGGAAUACCACAGAGACAGAACAGAAUGGGCCACUAGACCACAGCCAGGUCCCAAGAUUUGACAAGAUCUUCUUUUAAUAAUUCAACAAAAAACACUUGAAUGAUGUGGUGUUACAGAUUUAGAGAGUGCUUUUGUAUUUGUAUUUUUGUGUCUUUGACUUAAUAUACAUGUAAUAUGCUAUGACUUUAAAAAAUCUGCUUGUUAUUUUCUGUGUUAUAAUACUGAACAUUUUUUUUAAUCAGGAAAGAUACAGGCUAAAGCAAAUAAAUUUGUUUUGAAAGCAGAAGUUAGAUUAUGUGUAUGUAAUUUAAGGAUAAUUUCUUAAUCAUUAACUGUUUCAUGGUAGAAGGUUUAACUUUGUAAAACGGUAAUGUCCCCUAACUCUGAUUUAAGCAAUUAAGUUGUCAGUUAUUGGCAAAAUUAAGUGAUUUUUUCUGAUAAACUAGCCUACCUUAGCAAAGUGCGAAAAGGUUAAGUGGCCACCAUGACUGAUGUUCUGAUGCAAGGUUAUUAAAACAAUCUUAAAGGCCUUAGUUAAUGAAUUCAGAUGCAUGUUUUAAUGAUUUAAUGCGCUAAAAUCAUAUUUUGCAUGGACAGAUAAAGAUUGCUUGAUAAAAGUUUUGUUUCUACAUCUCAUUCCUGUCUUGUUGUAUGUGUGUGAUCUAUGACAAGUUCUGCAUCUAUUUUCUAAGACUAUUUUUUUCCGGAUAGCGCUAGACUUCCCAAGGCACAGGCAAUGCUGUCAGAUCCAUUUUUUUGCACACUAUGUAGUAUAUUUCUAAAGAUAAAAGUUGAUAUGGUAUGUAAUUUUGAAAGGAUUUUAAAUGGGUCAGCUUUGUUUAACCGCUGGACUAUUGGGGGUUUCCAAGCUCUUGCGCUUUCCGGUAUGUUUAUUGUCCCCUACCGGUUUAUGGUUUGCGCUCGGUUUGUCCGUCAGUCCGUCUGUCCAUCAGUCUGUCACACUUUUCUGGAUCCUGCUAUAACUUUAAAAGUUCUUAAUAUUUUUUCAUGAAACUUGAAACAUGGAUAGAUGGCAAUAUGGACAUUAUGCACGUCAUUUCAUUUUGUUCCUACAUCAAAAAUUCUGGUUUCUAUGGCAACAAAUAAACUAGAAAUACUGCUGAAAAUGGUGGUUUUCUGGAUCCUGUGAUAGCUUUGAAAGUUCUUCAUAUUUUUUUCAUGAAACUUGCAACAUGGAUAGAUGCCAAUAUGGACAUUAUGCAUGUCAUUUCAUUUUGUUCCUACGUCAAAACUUGUGGUUGCUAUGGCAACCAAAAAAUUAAUUCUGAAAAUGGUGGAAUUUCUGACAAUAGUGAAGCCGGUAGGGGACCAUAUUUCUUGACAAUAGCCUUGUUAAUACUGACAGUCAAAUUACUGACCUAUAUGUCAGAUUAAAGACCCAUUUGAAGGGACGUCUGGCCCUAUUUUCCUCUCAGUAUAUUAGUCCACCUAUCUCUUUCCUGUCAGUUCUCUGACUUCUAUUGUUCACGGCUGUUUCAUCGGCAUCUGUGUAGACUCUAACUACAUUACUAACAUAUGAAGUGUGAGUUUCGUUCCAGUACAUUGAUUUUUGCGAAGUUUAAUGUUUUCAAUUAGGAUAUAGUUGCUGUGUGGCUUCAAAGUGCAGUAAGGGGCAUUGUGUUUCACAAACGCAUCCCUUCGUUUUUUAUUUAUAAUGACGAUUAUAUACUUGUUAAUUUGAACUUUCAUUCGUUAUCAUUAAAACAAAUGGACGCAAUUAUUUAGAAGAAAACUGUACUCUUUUGUUCCUAACCGAACUGGAAUGAAUAAAUGGUAUGAAUGUG